AUGGCGCAGCAAAGAAAUCAAGCACCAGAGGAGAAAUUCUGCUGUUCGAUCUGUCUGGAUCUACUGAAGGAUCCGGUAACUAUUCCCUGUGGACACAACUACUGCAUGAGCUGUAUUAAAACCUCCUGGGAUGAAGGAGAUCAGAGAGGAACCUACAGAUGUACUCUGUGCCGAGAUACUUUCUCCCAGAGGCCUGUCCUGGUGAAAAGCACCAUGUUGGCAGAUUUAGUAGAGAAACUGAAGCCUCACUACGGAUCUCCUACUUUAAAAAAACGCAAAUGUGUUGAAGCAUCCGUUAAGCUCCAGGAGAACAUCUGCUCCCGUCAUGGUGAGGUAAUGACGUUUUUCUGCUGCACUGAUCAGCAGUGUAUCUGCAUUCUCUGCUCAAUGGAUAAUCAUAAUGGCCAUGACAUUGUCUCAGCUGCAGCAGAAAGGACUGAGAAGCAAAACAAGUUUGGUGAAAUUUGGCAAAACAUCCAGCCAAAAAUCCAGGACCGAGAGCAAGAUGCAAAGCUGCUUCAGAAAAAGAUGGAAACUAUCAAUUACUCUGCCGAUAAAGCAGUAGAGGACAGUGAGAAGAUCUUUACUGAGUUGAUCCGUGUCAUAGAGAAAAGAAGCUCUGAGGUGAAGGAGCAGAUCAGAUCCUGGCAGAAAACUGAAGGGAGUCGAGUCAAAGAGCUUCAGGAGAAGCUGGACCAGGAGAUCACUUACAUGAAGAGUAAAAAAGCUGAGCUGGACAAGCUCUCACGCUCAGAAGAUCACACCCAGUUUCUUCAAAGUUACUGCUCACUGUCCAUACUUACUGGAUCUACAUACUCACCAGUACCAAAAACUGAUCGUUUGUGGUACUUUAAGGAUGUGAUAGCAGCUGUGAAAGCAGCAAGUGAUAAAAUGCAGAACAUCCUUACUGAGAAACUGUCUUUCUCAAAACUCAUGAACAGCGCCGAGUACUUACAAUAUUCAUGUCAAAUCAUGAUGGAUCCAAACACAGUGGGCAUAUGGCUGGUUUUAUCAGAUGAGAACAGAAAAAUAACAUUUGAUAAAAAAGCAAGAUAUCCUGAACAUCCAGACAGAUUUGAGUACAGCCCUCAGGUCCUGAGUAAAGAGGGACUGACUGGACGUUGUUACUGGGAGAUGGAGAUAAGCAGGGAUGCUAAAGUAGCAGUCGCUUACAAGAGUAUUGCCAGAUCAGGGAGCUCUAAUGCAUGUUUCUUUGGACAGAAUAAGAAGUCCUGGGUAUUACACUGUAAUGAUAGUUACACCUUCAUGCAUGACGAUGACCUUACGUUAAUCUCUGCCCCUAAAUCCUCCAGAAUAGGAGUGUACCUGGAUCACAGCGCAGGUACUCUGGCCUUCUUCAGCGUCUCUGAAACUAUGACUCUCCUCCACAGAGUCCAGACCACAUUCACUGAGCCACUCUAUGCUGGAGUUUACCUCAGUGGUUCUGAUGGAGACACUGUUGAGUUCGGUAGAGUCGUGCCGUCAUUAAAGAGGCAGAGGGUAGACUGA